CUCAGGAUAGACUCCUGAACUUGGAAGAGUACCUACAUGUGCGUUACCUCAGUCUCCACAGCCUGAAGGGUACCUGUAGUUGGACCCCCAUGUACCGUAUCCUUAGGCGUUUGGCAGCACCACUGGCAGUUACUGUGGCACUGUCAACCCUCAGCCACGCAACCCAUGGACCACCUUUUAGGGACCCAACCAGCCACCACCAACCACAUCCUAAGAAUCCCUUUAAUCAACUGCGCGGCCAGGGCGCGUCACUUUAACUUCUGCGAGUUUCAGCUGCGUGGAUGGUGUCCACUUGUCUAUGAAACUGCCUUGCACUGGCAGAAGCCUGACUUCCGGCCCUGAGCCUGAUGCUGACCCUGUUCCCUUACAAUCUACCACUAUUCUGCAGGCGCUGAGCAGAACCAGAACAAGGACUGGCCGACGAACAACCUCAACCACUAGAAACCAUCGCUGCCUUGUUCCAACCCCGAGCCUUGUCAUUCAUUGCGGCGCAGUCAAGCAGUCUUUGUUCCUGUACCUCAGCGCUUGAGUCGACUUGCUCUCCUUCACCUCCAAGAAGGAGUCUAGACAUUCCUUGACCGUACGACUUGACGAUUACCACCUCUGAUCAAGUGCAACCGAGUCUCCCGAUUCUCACCUUCUCCCUGAUCGAGUUUGAGUUCGAAAUACCCUGUAUUCAAACACCCGGUCGUUGGUCGCAAGAAGAAAGUAACCGGCAGACAUAUCGAGAGAUCUCACCCUUCCGCGACGCGAGACGACUACUACCAUAGCGAUGCGAACGGGUUCUUGAUCCUCACAGCGUUGACGCGCACCUUGUCCGACCCCGCGGUUGCAACGGCCUAAAAGAUACAACGUUGUAUACCAUCAGUGGCGCCAACAUGGGGUGGCCGGUAUGCAACACGACGUUGGAGGACAUGACCAUCAGUGAAGAUCCUAUAUGGCAUGACUAUACCUUCCACCGGCUGGGUCUAUACCUUGGGGCCAUCUUCUCCCUCAUCGCAGUGGCGGUGUCGUUCCUCCUCAUCUUCCUCCACGCGACGCAUUACCUGAAACCCUGGGAACAGAGACAUAUCAUCCGCAUUCUGUUCAUGGUCCCCGUCUACGCAGCGGUGUCGUUCCUAUCGUACUACUAUUACAACCACAGCGUUUACUUUGAAGUCAUUCGUGACUGUUACGAGGCGUUCGCCAUCGCCUCCUUCUUCAGCUUGCUCUGCGCUUACGUCGCACCCGAUCUGCACCAGCAAAAGGUAUAUUUCCGAACCAUCACCCCCAAGAAAUGGGUGUGGCCCAUGAAAUAUUUCCAAAAGUGUACCGGCGGACCUGAAAAGGGAUGGUUGCGGACCCCUAGAAGUGGUCUUACUUGGUUCAAUGUCAUCUGGGUCUCCAUCUUCCAGUACUGUUUCAUCCGAGUCUUUUUCACCAUUGUGGCCGUCAUCACCCAGGCCAUGGACAGAUACUGCCUGGAAUCGAUUAACCCGGCAUUUUCGCAUGUGUGGAUAAUGGUCUUUGAAUCCAUUGCCGUCACUGUCGCCAUGUAUUGCUUGAUUCAGUUCUACGUGCAAAUCAAAGAUGACAUUAAACAACACAAGCCGUUGUUGAAAGUCGCGGCCAUCAAACUGGUGAUUUUCCUGAGUUUUUGGCAGACAAUCUGCAUUUCAUUCCUCACCAGCACCGGUGCCAUCAACGCCACCAACCAAAUCCAAACUCCGGACAUCAAGGUCGGCAUUCCCGCGUUGCUGCUGUGCAUCGAAAUGGCCAUCUUUGCAGUUUUUCAUAUCUGGGCAUUCAGCUGGAGACCUUAUACUCUUGGUUCCAAGGAAUACAUGUCCGAAACCAUUGCGGGAGAAGGAGAGCGUGCAUAUAAAGGCGGCUUCUUGGGGAUCAAGGCCAUUUUCGAUGCGUUCAAUGGUUGGGACAUGUUGAAGGCUACGGGUCGUGCAGCGAGAUGGUUGUUCAAGGGGCGCAAACACCGACAUACCGAUCCGAGUUAUGAUUUGACGAGGAAAAACACUCAAACGGGGGCAGUUGGUGGAGUAGGUGGUGACAGCGAGUUUGGCUUGGAAGGUCAAAAGUUGUCGUCGUCAUCGGCAAUCUUUAACACACCCACGGCGUAUGCCGGCGGAGGAGCUGGUGGUGUGUAUGGACAAGGAAGACCUCCUCAUCAUCAUACUACUACUGUUGGGGCUGUCAAUUCCGGUGGCGUCGAGGAAGGAGGAGAGCGUGAUAACUUACUCGCCAACAGUCAGGGCAUGCCCAUGUCUCGACCGCCCGUUGUUCGAAUGGACAGCGACGGAAGCGACGAAGGACAUGAUUACAGGUAUGCUGGUGGGCAACCACAAUAUGACACCAGCGACAUAGGGCUUGCGACGUCAACAUACGAUGAAGGAAUUUCGUACCCCCUGCAACAGCAGAGAUACCAUCAACCGCCGCAAUCGCAAUAUCCCGCGCAACAACGGCAAGAACAACAAUAUCAACCAUAUCCAUCUCACCAUUACCAGCAGCCUCCUCCUCAGCAGCCACCACAACAAACCGACCAAGAAGAAUAUUUGUCUUUUUCUGAACGCCAGCGGCAACGAGAAUACUUCCUGCAACAGCAGCAGCAGCAGCAACAUCAACGCCAUUAUUCAAAUCCUGGCAGCAACCAAGAAACAGGAGUGACCACCGCUCCCUAUCCGUAUCCAGACUCCGAAGCUCCGUCACAACAACAGGCAGGCGCAGGCCGGAGCAAGAACCGAAUCUCGAUGCCGUACAUGCCGCCGCCUCGGAGUCCCGGUCCAGCGGCGAACAGGCAUGGUCCUGGCAGGGACAAUUAUGACGACGGCAAUUUCUUAUGAAAAUGAAAUCCGUUUUUUUCGCUCUUCACUCUCUUGCUAGCUCAGGCGCAGCGCGGGCUUUGUGGCUUUAUUUCUUCUUCGUCGGCGAUUUCGAUUUGGAGUUUGGAAGUGUGGGUGUCAAACACUACAAUGGUUUCUAGAUGCCAUCCAUUCGAGGUCACGUACGAGUAUCACUGCAGUUGUUGAUAUUAGCCUGUCUUGUGUAGGGUGGCAAGUAUGAAAUAGUAUGCAAAUAGAGGAGGGACACGCGAUACGCGAUACGAUUAUGGAUGGAUGGAGUGGGCGACCGGAACCGGAACCUGAACUUGGUUGUGGCCAGUAUAUACAAGGGAAUAAACAAAGAGUUAUGACCAUGACCAACAACUUUGGUUACCUGCAAUUGUAGCUGUUUGGUACAUACAGGAAUUGAUUGCAGCAUCUGACCAUAAGGUAUCUUCCA